AUGAAGUCUCGCCACGAUGUUUUCAAUGGUUCCACAGAGUUUACACCUGCAGCAUUUACUCUUGUUGGCAUCCCAGGAUUGGAGGCAGAACAUUUGUGGAUCUCCAUCCUUUUCUGUUUGAUGUACAGCAUCAUCUUCUUGGGAAAUGGCAUUAUUCUUCACGUCAUCCGGAUUGACCUUGCCUUGCACCAACCCAUGUACUACUUUCUGGCCAUGCUGGCCUUUGUUGAGCUUGGUGUCUCUGCUUCAACCAUGCCCACAGUGCUAGGCAUCUUUCUCUUUGGCAUUAAUGAUAUUAGUUUUGGUAGCUGCCUGCUCCAGAUGUUUUCUAUGCACUCGUUUACACUCAUGGAGUCAGGUGUCCUUUUAGCAAUGUCUGUGGACCGCUUUGUGGCCAUCUACAGUCCACUGCACUACACAACCAUCCUGACAAUUCCCCGCAUCACUGCAAUGGGUGUUGCCAUUGCUUUGCGCAGUGUGAUGCUCAUGCUCCCACUGCUCUUUCUCCUGAAACGUUUGCCCUUCUGUGGCCACAAUAGCCUCACACACUCGUUUUGUCUCCAUUCAGAUCUGAUCAAAUUGCCUUGUGGAGACACACGUCCCAAUAGCAUCCUAGGUCUAUUCGUCAUUACUUCUACAUUUGUGCUGGACUCUUUGCUCAUUGUGGUUUCUUAUGUGUUGAUUCUUCACACUGUCCUAGAAAUAGUUUCUGGAGCAGGGCGAUGGAGAGCACUCAAUACAUGUGUAUCACACAUAUGUGCUGUGCUUGUCUACUAUGUGCCCAUGAUCAGCCUCUCCUUGAUGCACCGCUUUGGACGGCAUUUACCUCCGCUCCUCCAGACUCUCAUGGCCAAUGCUUACCUCUUCUUUCCACCUCUGGUCAAUCCCAUUGUCUAUAGCAUCAAAACUAAGGAAAUACGCAAUAGCGUUGUUCGUACCUUAUGCAGGAAGAAGAGUGAGAUCUAA